AAGUUUAUAGCCGGGUUGCCACGCCUGCAUGUGAGCAGUGGACGUAUGAUUUGCGUCCUGUCAAAUUAAAAGUAGUAGGAAUAAGGAGCUGUUACUUUGCAAUGCAAAGUGUACUUUAUAUUAUUAAAACAUGGGUUUUUUGGAGGAUACUUUUGUGAUCCUUAUUACACAGGUGGAAACCCAUUUAUAGUUCUAAUGAACCAUUGACAUUGCAUUAUGAAAAAAGAGGAUAAUAUUUUUCUUGGGAGGAUGGAUAUUUUUUGUAAAAAAAUUAUUUCGUGAUUAUGAAGUACACCACAGAUUAGUACAGUUAAUAUUUUCCACAACAUUUUCUUUAUCAUGUACUAUGUUUGAACUUAUAAUUUUUGAAAUAAUCCGAGUUCUUGAUUCAAGUUCUAGAUAUUUUCAUUGGAAUGUUGGACUAUAUAUGCUUUUAUUUAUGGUAAUAGUUCUUAUACCAUUUUACAUAGCAUAUUUUAUUAUCAGUAACAUUAGAUUUGUAAGACUGAAUUGGAUAAGGCCACUUACAAUCAUAGUAUAUCUUUUUUAUCUCUACUUAUUUUGGAAAAUUGGUGACCCUUUUCCAAUAUUGAGUCCAAAGAAAGGAUUGUUAUCAAUAGAGCAAGGUGUAAGCCGAAUAGGCGUUAUAGGAGUUACUGUCAUGGCACUAUUGUCUGGUUUCGGUGCUGUAAAUUAUCCAUAUUCCUCUAUGGCCUAUUUUAUGCGGCCUGUGUCUUAUGCUGACGUACAAGCUAUAGAAAGACGAUUGCUACAAACAAUGGAUAUGAUCAUAGCUAAGAAAAAAAGGAUAGCACUUGCUAAAAAAGGUGAAGUGGUUGGACAAAGUGAAGCUCGUUCACGACUUUGGGGAAUGUUGGGUCCCUUAGGUGGUACAAAAGGGAAUCAAGAAACUAUAAAACAAUUACAAAUAGAAGUUAUAGCAUUAGAAGAAUUAUGUAGACAAUUAUUUCUAGAAGCACACGAUAUUCAAAAUGCUAGAGAACGUUUAGAAUGGGCAGCUACGUGGCAAGGAAAAUAUUUUAAUUUCCUUGGCUACUUUUUUUCGAUAUAUUGCAUUUGGAAAAUAUUUAUAUCCACCAUUAAUAUAGUCUUUGAUCGCGUUGGUAAAAAAGACCCCGUUACCAGAGGAAUUGAAAUUGCUGUUCAUUGGAUGGGUUUUGAUAUAGAUGUUACAUUUUGGUCACAACAUAUAUCCUUCUAUUUAGUUGGAUGCAUCGUUUUGACUUCCAUCCGUGGAUUGUUGUUAACUCUUACGAAGUUCUUCUAUGCUAUAUCAAGCAGCAAAUCCUCAAAUAUUAUUGUACUUAUACUUGCACAAAUAAUGGGAAUGUAUUUUGUGUCCUCUGUAUUACUUAUGCGCAUGAAUAUGCCUGCUGAAUACAGAAUAAUUAUAACACAAGUUUUGGGUGAACUUCAGUUUAAUUUCUAUCACAGAUGGUUUGAUGUCAUUUUUUUGGUAUCUGCGUUAUCAUCUAUAGUGUUUUUGUAUUUAGCUCAUAAGCAAGCACCGACAGAACGAACAUAACUAUUAAAUAAAUGAUUUUUGUAAAUUAAAUAUAAUUUAUAUUGUAAUUUUGCAUUUCACAAAAAAAAAUCU